AUGGAUUUCUCGGAGGAACACAGCUUCGUUCAGGAAAAGCUGUACUGUCUAAAUUUAGUGCUAGGAAUAAACUCCUGUGACUUGGACCAAAAAGUAGAAGCAGUACUGUGUGACAAACACAAGGGCAAAAAGCUGAAGCUUUUCUGUGAACAAUGCGAGACAUUAAUUUGUAAAGAUUGCACCCUGAUCGACCACAAAGAUCAUAAGUUUGCAUUCAUCGCAGAUGUUGUUGAGAAGCAUAAAGGACAACUUCAAAAGAAAAUGCAACAUGUAUGUGGAACAAAGAAGAAGAUUGAAUCCGCUUUGAAGACAGUCAAGGAGAUGCAAGAUCGAGUGAGAAAAAAUGAGAAAAAAAUCAAGAAAGAGAUAGAUGAGAAAAUCGAUGUAAAAAUUGCAAUUUUGGAAAAGAUGCGAGCAACACUUAAACAAGAGUCCACAAAUCUGACGGCUACAAAAAUGAAGAGACUCUCUUUACAACAGGAUGGUCUUGAGAUGCAAUUGGCAAGUCUGAAAAGUGCAGUCGAGUUCACUGAAAAUAUUCUUGUCAAGGGCAGCAAUAAUGAUGUUUUGUCAAUGAAGACACAAAUCGAAUCGCGUUUAACAGAGCUAUCAAAGAAAGAAAUUGAUGAUGAGGUCUAUGAGGAAGACAAGCAAAUCUUACAAGUCAAUGAAAUACCUCAUAGUGACUUGGAGAACUAUUUUGUAAUCAAAGAUGGUUCUGCUCCUGAUCCUAAAAAGUGCACAGUUCACAGGAUUUCAAACACCAACUACAUUGUCGUACACGUCAGGAAUUACUUAAAUCAGCCAAUCGACAUAAAAACAAACAGGAUUAAAUGUAAGCAUAGUGAACUUAGUCAUUUUACAUGCUCCAAGAUAAUGGGUAAGAAAGGUGAAUAUGAGAUGGAGUUCUCAAGACGGUUAGGUCUUGUUCAAGGAUGGUUUCUCCAGGUCCUGAUUGACGAAUUCAUUGUUCGUCCCAUGAUCAUUCAAGAAUGAGCUGAAGAGUAGUGUGGUUGAAGUUYUUCGACUCUCAYUUUCAGUUUUAAUUCGUAUUAACAGAAAUAAAUCUUUGCAUCGAUUCAGUUGAA